GUCAGGGCUCGGCGGCGAGCGGCAGGCUCCUGCUCAGGACCGCAGCCGGGAUGCUGCUAAUGCCGAGGAGGGAGACCCUGACUGGUGCACAGCCGUGAGCGGGAAACUCGGACGGCGCCGGGGAUCAUGGGCUCGUCCACGUUGGGGAAGGCCGCCACAAUCGAUGCCCUUCUGAACGAGUGCAUUGAUGCGUUUGACGACGGCGGCGAGCUGCAGAGCAGCCUGACGCCUCGCAGCCUGCUGCUGAUGCAUCGCUGGUACGUCUCCUCUCCUGACCUGGCAGCAAAACUCCUGCGGAUAUAUCCUCCCACUGGGAUCAAGGAUUAACUGGUUCUAGACUAAAUUACCAUCUGAUGUGAAAUAUAAAACUAAUGACUAGGUUCUUAAGUAGAAAGUGGCAUGCUAACCGCACACCACUGUUUUGGGUACUUAUUGAUUAUUGAUACGAAACGGAUUCAGCUUCAGCAACAGUGUCUCUUUUUACUUCAUUACUUUCUACCAGAUCAUCAUCAAUAUCAUCUUCGUCCUGAAACAGUCCCCUGUCUCCAGAGCCUCACACUGCUGGCAGAAAUGCAAUUUUUUAUUUAAAUCUAAAAAAAAUAAUAGGUACAUCGACCAGAUUAAAAAAAAAAAAAAAAAAGACAAAAAAAACCUAAAUAGUCAAAAUUUUACAUUUUUGGGAUUAAAAGGAGUUUCUGAAAACGAUCCAAACCAUUCUUCACUGUUAAUCUUUACUAUGAUUUAUUGUAUUUAAUUAAUUUCAGUCUAAAAAUCUAUGAAACAAUGAUUAGAAAGUGUGAAGGAAUUUGCUCCUGAUUUCACUUGUAAAAGAGCUUUUCUUUGUGUUUCUGCAUCAACCCAGUCCCCAGUGUUUCUCCACAGUAGUUAAUAAGUCAUGGAUCAGUUUUAGAACCAGGACAGAAUUAGGUAUUUUUGAUUUUAUGCAGAUUAUCAGCAGUUUGCGGACUGUUCAGAAAUCAGGCUUUUAUUUCCCAGCAGUGAGUGAAAUCCAAGUUUACUGAAUUCAGUCACCAUAACAAUAUGCAUUAAUUGUGAAUAUGACCAGAGGGCAACACUGAACUAGAGCAGAAAUGGAAAAAAGCACGUGCAGGAAGCAUGACGGUGUUGGAUCAGCUGGGAGUUCAGACAAGCAGCUUGAGAGCGAGUCAGAAACGGAGGAAACUCAGGAAGCCUCCGCUACACCGCGACAGCACGGUGAAGCCAAGACAGAAAAACAGGAGGGAAAAGACGAGGCAGCGGAAAAACAUCCUGAAAAACAAGUUAACAACAUAAACAUGAUGGAAGACAUGAAACAAGGCAAAAAUAAGAAUGAAAAACACACACCGUGUCUCCAGUUCAUCCAAAACACACCAGAGGAACAGAAAAGUCACUUCUGUUACCUUCACCUUGGAAAAAAUACGCUUUUAUAAAUAGCUCAAUACAUAAUCAUAUCAAAUACCAAGACAUGUUUGAGAUUUAAGACAGAAGCAAAGCUGCAGCCCUCCGGUUGGUCCUGAAUGUGCCGACCCGUCAGAACGGCUCCUUAACCGAAGUUCACGUACCGAGACUGCCGAGGGCCGAGCAGCCAGAGGACCCGGCUGAAGAUCUGCUACCUGAUGAGGUACUGGAUCGUGAAUUUCCCCGCCGAGUUCAACCUGGACCUGGGUCUGAUCCGGAUCAUGGGGGAGUUCAGGGACGUGGCGGCGCGUCUCGGCUGCGACGAGCAUUUCAAACUCAUCGACAUCUCCACCAUUCCUUCAUACGACUGGAUGCGGAAGCUGACCCAGAGGAAGAAGCAGGCCAAGAAGGGAAAAGCGUCGCUGCUGUUCGACCACCUGGAGCCCAUGGAGCUGGCCGAGCACCUCACCUUCCUGGAGUUCAAAUCCAUCCGCAGGAUCUCGUUCACAGACUACCAGAGCUACGUGAUCCACGGCUGCCUGGUGGACAACCCCACCCUGGAGCGCUCCAUCGCCCUGUUCAACGGCGUGUCUCAGUGGGUGCAGCUGAUGGUGCUCAGCAAGCUGACGCCCCAGACCCGGGCGGAGGUCAUCUCCAAAUACAUCCACGUGGCUCAGAAACUCCUCCACCUGCAGAACUUCAACACCCUGAUGGCGGUGGUGGGGGGGCUGAGCCACAGCUCCAUCUCUCGACUGAAGGAGACCCACCUUUACCUGGCUCCAGAGGUUGUAAAGAUCUGGAGGGAGAUGACUGAGCUGGUGUCCUCCAACAACAACUACUCCUGCUACCGAAAGGCUUUCAGCGAGUGUCAGGGCUUCAAAAUCCCCAUCCUGGGCGUCCACCUCAAGGACCUGAUCGCCGUGCACGUCGUCUUCCCCGACUACGCCGACGACCGGAAGAGGGUGAACCUGGCCAAGAUGCACCAGCUGUACGUGACCUUCAACGAGCUGGUGUCGCUGCAGAGCGCCGCCGCCCAGGUGGAGCCCAACAUGGACCUCAUCUACCUGCUGACGCUUUCUUUAGAUCUUUACUACACAGAAGAUGAGAUUUAUGAACUGUCCUUGCUACGAGAGCCGCGUAACUCCAAGUCAUCGCCCACCUCCCCAACCACUCCCAACAAGCCUGUGGCUCCGCUGGACUGGGCCUCCGGCGUCACCACCAAGCCAGACCCGUCCGUGGUCAAUAAGCACAUCAGGAAGAUGGUGGACUCUGUCUUCAGGAACUACGACCACGACCACGACGGCUACAUUUCCCAAGAGGACUUUGAGAGUGUCGCCGCCAACUUCCCCUUCCUGGAUUCCUUCUGUGUUCUGGAUAAAGACCAGGACGGGUUGAUCAGUAAGGGUGAGAUGACGGCUUACUUCCUCCGGGCCAAUCCGCUGCUCCAGUGCAAAAUGGGACCGGGCUUCAUCCACAACUUCCAGGAGAUGACGUACCUGAAGCCCACCUUCUGUGAACACUGCGCCGGAUUUCUCUGGGGAAUCAUCAAACAGGGCUACAGGUGCAAAGACUGCGGGGUGAACUGUCACAAGCAGUGCCGGGAGCUGCUGGUUCUGGCCUGCCGGAAGCUGAUCCGCUCCGGCUCUCUGGGCAGCGUCUCUCCGGCCAGACUGACCCACAGCUCGCUUCCCAGCAGCCCCGCGCUGCCCGUCUGCAAAGACGAGGACGAGGUGUUUGAGUUCCCGGCCGUCACUCCUGCAGGUCCGGGUCUGGAGUCUCAGUCCAUCACUCUGAUGACCGGCUCAGCCCAGAAGAUCUCGGUGCGCCUGCAGAGGUCCACCACCAGCCAGGCCACGCAGACCGAGCCGCUGUGGCCCCAGCACGGCUACGGCGCCGCCGACGGCGGCUCCCACACUUUCCCCAAGAUGAAGUACCGGACGCACAGGAAGGUGUCGGCUAAAAACAAAGGCUUCGCUCGGUGGGAAAACCAGAAUGAGAAACAGCAGCAGAUGGUUUCCUCUGGACUCGGUGGGACGUCCCAGGAGAAGCCUGAGGUCUCUUUACCAAACGGGAUCGCACACAGACACAAGGACAGCUGACUUGGCUGUGGAGGUGAGGGCCGGUCCCAGGCCUCCAGAAGGCCCGGGGCCGCUGGGACCAGGAAGCUGUUCUCUCUGGGGGAGCUGCUGGGCUGCCUGAGGUCCCCCACUGGUGACCUGGAGUCGUCGUGUCCCAUCUGGUCUUCAGCGCUGGAGCAGGUGGAGCUGAGAGAGCCAGCCACAGCUGUUUGUGUGCAGCAUGCCAGGGAUCGCUGCAAAAACAUUUAACUGGGAUCUGCCGGACGGACUGGAUUAUCAGCACUUAAAAAAGGGAGCGAGUGUGAAUAAACGGGUUUUGGUUCCAGGGAUGGAUGCCUGCAACACACCUUUCUGAAUAAAAGAGAUCACGACAGGAAGCCGCUUCCUUCAGGACCUGAAGAAAGGAAAAGGCCGGCUAUGCAGGUGAAAACCAACCAGUCUCUCUUCAGGUUGAGAAACAUGCAGUUAUUUCACAAAACGCCUCUGAAUCCGUGACACUGGGACGUUUCGUCAGAUCACACGGCUGCAGAGGUGCUGCCUAGAGUCAAGAAAAAAUAUGGCGGACAUCGCUUCUCUUUUUGGUGAAAAAUGUAGCUUCGCUUUGAGAACUUUUCUAGUGACAAAUGAACACUUUGUUUUCACAGAACCCAUCUGGUGUAGGCACAACGAACUGGAGGGAAGUUAAUGUCACGUCAGGGACAGAUAGUAAAAACUAGGUCUGCUUCACCACAGAUGCACUUCUCUGCAUUAAAUGAAGACUUGUUUGAUUUUUAAAACAUAACUAAUUCUUUUUAAAGUAUUGAAACAGAUCAAAACAUUUCAGCCACAAAUCAAAAUAUAGAAUGUAACAAUAUCAUUUACAAUAUACAUGAUUUACGUAAUUUUAUUUAAUAAGAUAAGCCAGAAAAAUAAAUAAAUACACAAAUACAUUAAUCAAUCAAUAAAUAAAUAGAAAAAUACAAACAUAAAUAAAUACUAUCUCCUAAAACAAGUUUGUAUUAUUAUGAUCAUAAAACUGAAUCAUUUGUUAAAUAAGUUUUAUGUCUAUGUAACAAUCACAUAUGAGGACGUGAGGCCCUGUUCACUGACGCCUGCGAUGAAAACUCUGGAUGAUUCAAUAAUACUUGUUCGUGUCCAGCACCAAUGCUGAUGCCAAUCCGAGAUCUUCUUCUUCUCUGUCGUCAGUCAGUAAUAACGGACACGUUCAUCAUCAUUUCCUGAACGGUGGCUCCUGGUUUCCAUUUGAGCUAGACUGGCUGUGUAGUGAUCGUUGUCAGUAGGAGGACGGAUUCUCACAUUUCCAUCCACCACACAGCUGGAAUACAAACCCAGCAGCCUUCAACAAACGUUUCUUAAUGAAUUAACGCAUCGCCAUGGCUGUCAUAUCUCUGGAAACAAGCAUGGAGGAGACUUGAAGCUUCGCGCAGAUGUUCUGGUAGCAGAGUCCUGUCCUCAAAACACUGAGCUCUCAUUUGAAGUCUGCCUGUGGAAAAGAAAAGGCAGGCGAAACGUAGUCAUGCAACGAUUCCUGAGCCGCUUUGUGUAAUAACUGCGUUUCUUGCACUGUGGACAGAUACACAAUCCAGACAAACGGUCUGGAGAGGGACCGGGUCUGGAGACAGACGGUGGAUCUGGAUGCAGUGGUGACAGAAUGUGAAGGAGGAGCUGGAAAUAAAGGGAAAAACAAACUGACAGCGAAAGUCGAGGUCGUCUGUCUGGAUGAACUUUUUCAACAUAUUUAUAGUCCUUACUCUUGAAAGGCCUUGGAGGUUCAUUUUAUUCGUUGUGUUUGUCCUGAAUAUGAGAUGAGUGUAACAGUGUACCUGUUACCUGUGUUCUACUGGGAUUCAAAGAGAACAUGCAGUGCCUCAGGUGUUAACGAGAAACUGAUGUGGCUGUGACUGAAGGCUUGAUGUUCCCAAUUCUUUACUAUACAGCAUCAACAGCGGUGAAGGAUGCAUUCUGAAAACACAGUGGGUUUUAUUUGUAUAAAUAAAUUAUUAAGUAUAGUAUUACCAGUCAGUUGAAAGUAAUUUAUACUUGGCGUCUGUGGAGGAAGACUUCCCUUUCUUUAAGUCCAUCAAAGAGAUGAAGGUCAAAGAAAGCCGUUCUCUCUCCGGUGAAAAACACUUAAAACAAUGUUGCUGGACGAUGAAGCGGUUCUGAUAAUCUGUCAUGUCUGACCGGAUGACAGCUGCAUGCCGCGGCCAGUGAGCGAGGAAAAACCUGCUCCUGCAUUAAAAGAACACGAAAGAUGUGUUUCUUGAGGGUUGGUGGACAGAGUCCGACUGCUUGGUUGAAGCAAAAUCAGACACUGAACCACCCAUCUGCUCAGGAAAGACCUCCGCCAGAGUAACGGACUAAACCCUGCUGCUGCUGGCGGGAACAAUCCUCAGGAUCUCACGCUAACGCUGUCGGCGUCUCUACGCAGUCAAAUGAUAAGUUUCAAGAUAACUGGACAAAAAUAAAUCUGUGAAUUGAAUAUAAGAAGGGUGAAUCGAGCUGUUUGAUUUGUAAAACACACUGCACAGUGUCCUUUACAGAACGUCUACGUUAAGCUGACACUCAGGCGGCGUUUCUCAUUCAGCAGCUGUGAACAGGAAGCGUGAGGCGGAUGCAUCAGGAAAUGUGAAGUCUGAACCAACAGAAAAGGCAGUUUCAUUGUGAGGAUGAAGUGAAGAGGCUCCUCAAAACCUGUUCCUCUACAGCAGAAAAAGAGGUGUUCC